AUGAAAGAGCUAGUCACUGCCAAGACUUUCGCGCACACAAAUCUGCUUCGCGAAAUCUUCUUUCCUCUUCCACUUCCCAUCGACAACCACACGACAAAUCGCACCACCACAGCGAUCCGACAAGAUGCCGGAAAGAAGGCUGCUCCAGCCCCGUUCCCCCAGUCCAAGGCUGGUGCAGGUUCGAAGAAGGCCCCCAAGAACCCGCUCAUUGAGAAGCGCACCCGUAACUACGGUAUCGGUCAAGACAUCCAACCUCGCAGAAACCUUUCGCGCAUGGUGAAAUGGCCCGAGUAUGUCCGUCUUCAACGCCAACGCAAGAUUCUCAACCUCCGCCUGAAGGUCCCGCCCGCGAUCGCCCAGUUCCAGAACGUCCUCGACCGCAACACCGCUGGCAAGGCCUUCACCCUCCUCAACAAGUACCGCCCCGAGAGCAAGACCGAGAAAAAGGAGCGCCUAGUCAAAGAGGCUACCGCCAUGAAGGAGGGCAAGAAGAAGGAAGACGUUAGCAAAAAGCCAUACGCCGUCAAGUAUGGUCUCAAUCACGUUGUCGGUCUGAUCGAGAACAAGAAGGCUUCCCUUGUCCUGAUCCCAAAUGAUGUCGACCCAAUUGAGUUGGUUAUCUUCCUCCCAGCACUCUGCCGCAAGAUGGGUGUCCCUUACGCCAUCAUCAAGGGCAAGGCUAGACUCGGCACGGUCGUCCACAAGAAGACUGCUGCCGUUCUCGCGUUGACCGAGGUCAGAUCCGAGGACAAGACCGAGCUUUCCAAGUUGGUCCAGGCCAUCAAGGAGGGCUACGCUGAGAAGUACGAGGAGGCCAAGAAACACUGGGGUGGAGGUAUCAUGGGUGCUAAGGCUGUUGCUCGUACCGAGAAGAAGCGCAAGGCCCUGGAGAGCGCUAUCAAGAUCUAA